GGGAGGGGUCGCUGAUUAGAUGUCCAUAGCUCCCGAAAGCCUUCAACGUCCUCCCCAUCUUACUCACCCAUUCACGCAGCACAACCCAUCCUCAAGACCGACAAGUCCACAGCUUCAAAGACUCGUCCCAUUCGAUACCGACACUCUGCUACUUCUUAGACCAUAUAAGACACAUACACACACAUACAAAACGCAGCCAUGUUCACAGGCAUCGUCGAAGAAAUCGGAGUCGUCUCCGAACUCAACCCCAACGACGAGACGGGCGGCACAUCGCUCACAAUCACCCUCCCCGAAUCCUCCACCCUCCUCUCGGAUUGCCACCUCGGCGACUCCAUCGCCAUAAACGGCGUCUGCCUCACCGUCACCCAGUUCGAGACCACCCCGCCGUCCUUCAAAGUCGGCGUCGCCCCGGAGACCCUCCGCAUCACGAACCUCGGCUCCCUGGCCAAAGACUCCCGCGUCAACCUCGAGCGCGCCGUCCGUGCCGACACCCGCAUGGGCGGCCACUUUGUCCAGGGCCACGUCGAUACCACCGCUGCCAUUCUCGCCGUCACGCCCGACGGCAACGCCCUCACCUUCCGUUUCGCGCCUCGCGACAAGGCCGUGCUGCGCUACGUCGUUUACAAGGGCUACGUCGCCCUUGACGGCACCAGCCUCACCGUGACAAAGGUCGACGACGACGAGGGCUGGUGGGAGGUCAUGCUCAUCAGCUACACCCAGGAGAAAGUUGUCGUAGCGGGGAAGAAGCCCGGUGACACUGUCAACGUCGAGGUCGACAUGAUGGCUAAGUAUGCCGAGAAGAGCCUGGCCGGUUACCUCGGCGGCGCGGGCAGUGCUCCAUUGGAGAGAAUGGUGGAGCGCAUCGUUGCCGAAGGGCUGGGCGGAAAGUCCUAGGAGCAUUGGUUUUUUUGGGGAGAGGCUUUCUUUGGUUGAAAAUUUAUUGUUUCCCCUUGCCCCUUGGGUUUGUAUCCGAGGUUUUCUAUUCGCUACAGCUGCCAAACAUACACACACCAGCAUGCCUUUGUUGAGAUAAUGCGCUCCGCAUCAUCCAGAUGAUGCUCAAGCAUCGCCCCAGACCUCGGCCAGCCGCUGACUGACAGCCUUGGCGAUCUUUUUGCGGCCCACGAGAUUGGGCAGGCCGUCAAUGACCAUCUCUCGUUUUCUCUUGACGCCUUGCUCGCCCGAGCCGCACUCCUGGAACGCCUUGAUGAAAUUGUGCGGUGUCUUCCACCGCUUCUGUAUUUCCAGUGCCUUCUCCCCUGUGAUGCCCCUCGUCGUCAUUAGCAUUUUCAGAUAAAUAUCUCGCAGGGUCAUCAUAUCCGAUUUGGACGCCAGUGAUGCGAACGCCGGAUACGUAAUAUAAUAGCCAGUCAAUGGUUCCUUCCUCCGCAGGUGCUCCAGCAGCGGCAGAUAGUUCUGCGCCGUCAAGACUGAUGUCGGAAUCACCAGGAGAGGCUUGCUUUCAUACAUCUUCUUGAGCAUGAAGGUCAUGCGUGCGAGAUAUCGAAUCGUGUCGUCCAUCUUCUGUGUCUUCUUCAGGAAGUAGCCGUUAACUACUUGAGUGGAGGCGGUGGCCGAUUGGAUCAUCUCCUCAACCUUGGAGUAGUAACCCGAGUCCAUGGCAAUCUCUUCGACGAUGUAUACCACAUUUUUGACCCCGGAUUUCCGGAGUCGAAACUUUUGCUCGUGGAAGCGGCCAUCCUUGAUACUGCUGACCAGAUCGUCGAGUCGCUUGCGCUCGACAAUCCAGUCCAGGAUAACCUCGUCGCCCUCUGCACCGUGGCGAGCGAGGGCGGCAGAAUCGUGGCAUUUGGCAACCCACUGUGCGUCGCCUAUCUCCAACGCUCGCAUGAGGGGUUUGACCCCCUUUUUGGUGAGCUCGUCUUGCAUGUAAUCGCGGUCUUUCACAGCUCGGACUUCGCGGAUGUCCAAUGCGAGAUGAACCGUGAAAGACCCCGGCGCGAGCCGGAUCGGGGUAAAGGUCGGCAAUGAAGCGUCAUCCGAGACCACUGGGCCAUUUGCGACGACACCUUCGUAUACCGACUUGGGCUUUGGUUGUUCCACGGGCUCGACUGAUAGAGAGGCGUCCCUGCUUGGCGCUAUCGUGACCGGAUCCGGUCCUGUUGCAGGCUCAGGACAGGCACUGGAGCCUGCACUGGGACCUGCCACGACGUCAUCGACCCUACCACUUGGCUGUGUCGUCUUUUUGAUGCGUCUGGCAACCUCCCAUCCUUCAUCAGUGAGCGAAUAACGCCUUUGCGGGCGACCCUUCUCGCAGACGAGAUCCUUCUCUAUGAGUGUCUUCAUCGAGUUCCAGGCCGUGUAGAACUUGGUAGUGUCACUAGGCACACUGAAUGACGAGUCGCAGUGUUCCUGGGCUAGCUCGACGAGAUUGGCCUUUGUCAUGCCCAGUUGAGCGUCCUCGUCCAAGGCCGAGAGAGACAGCAGGAUGGCGUAAGGACCAGAUCGAUAUGUCGGGACGUAGGGCUUCGCUUUUCUCGCCUUCUUGGGAGGCGGCAGUUCGUCAUCAUCAGCAGUCCCACCGAGGGAUGCAUGACUUUCCUUGGACAAGCGUGGGUUCUUAGGCAUAGGCAGACCACUGGCCUCGCAAUGUUCCUUCAGCUUAUCUGUGAGGCGAGAGGAGAGUUUGUCCCCAAAGCCCUUCAGCUGGGUGAGCUGGCGCGGGUGCUUGAAGGUGAUGGGGCAUGCUUUGAGAGACUCGUAGGCGUUUCGGUAAGUCGAGGUGCUUUUCAUGUUCCGCUCCCUUGCCGUGUCGAGCCACUCCUUGACCCAGUCGAGGAGCAAGGGGUUUGCGUACUGCUCAUGUUCGCCGGCCAUUGUGCUGACGUGAUGCUGGACUUCUUGGGUGUUUUUUUUUAACCAUCACCGAAUACGGCCUGCCGAGCAAGGCAUUUUCGGCAAAUGAGGAAUGCAAGGCGUAUUUUGAGCUGGAAGCGUCGCCCGAACCCCCGGAAGGAUGAGCGCGCGCGCGUUGGCCCUUGUAAUAGGGCUGAGGCCGAAACCAAGGAUGGGAGAAAGAUCGAGAGG